UUUAAUUUUAUUUAUUUAUUUAUUGUCAUUUUGGUGAAUGGGUCCUUUAAUUUCUCUUCUUUCUCAUCUCUGCUGAUGAAAAUGCCCCUGGUUGUCAGCUGCAGAGUGUGUGAUUUGCCUGACCUAAUGGUUCAUUUUCACAGCAGACAUCUUGACACGUUUUUAGCAGGGAGAGCACAGGUGUGAGCAAUAACAUUAACAAUGGCAUUCCAGUUAGGUGUUCCAGGCCCAGAGCCCUGGUGUUGUUCUCUGGCAUGGCUCACCACCAGCCUUAAAUGGAAUGGAGCAAUCAUUAAUGUUACUGCUCACACCUGUGCUUGUCCUACUAUAAUAAGUCAAAACAGAAGAGUCUGUCUCGCACAUAUUGUACAUGCAGGCAGAUACCUGUCCGUACAAUCAGGUCUUUGACUCUCUGAACUCCCCACACGCCUUCUCUCUUUCUCUGUCCUCCCUUCAUGGUCUGCUGGCUGUAGUCUGCGUCUCUCUCAUCCUGGCCUCCACCCUCUUACCUCCUCUACCACCGCCCACCCCCAGACUCACACACACUCCCACACACAACCUCCAGAGCCCUUUGCGUCUCUGGUCCAGGUCUAGAGGAAUGUUGAGUGUCUCUAUAGCCCCCCUCCCUGGAGAUUAGACUUCACCAUGCAUGUCCCCCAGUCACUUCAUUCCAUUCCAAAGUAUGCCCCCCCCCACCUUCUACCCCCUCUAAGAGCUGCUGCAUUUUUAUCUGAGCCCGGUGAUUGUGACAGAUUGGCCAAAAUGACACACAUACGCAGACGCACAACUUAUGGACACACGCUGAGGCACAAACGGAGGGGAAGCUGGUUUCUGCCCAGGGAGGGGCCAGGCAGCGCCACGGCUCUGGCUAUAAAACCCUCCCAGGAUGAGCCCAGUGUCCUGCCUUGAUCUGGACAGUACCUCCUUCCUCUGUGCCAGGACGCCGUCAGGACAGGCAGCAGACGAGCCUCCAACAUGAACGACAUCUACAAGGCAGCGGUUGAGCAGCUGACAGAUGAACAGAAAAAUGAGUUCAAGGCCGCCUUUGAUAUCUUCGUCCAAGAUGCGGAGGACGGCUGCAUCAGCACCAAGGAGCUAGGGAAGGUGAUGAGGAUGCUGGGCCAGAACCCCACACCGGAGGAGCUGCAGGAGAUGAUUGACGAGGUGGAUGAAGACGGGAGCGGCACUGUGGAUUUCGAUGAGUUCCUGGUCAUGAUGGUGAGGUGCAUGAAGGAUGACAGCAAGGGGAAGUCAGAGGAGGAACUGGCAGAGCUUUUCCGCAUGUUUGACAAGAACGCAGAUGGUUACAUUGACCUGGAUGAGCUGAAAAUGAUGCUGGAAUCUACAGGGGAGGCAAUUACCGAGGAUGACAUCGAAGAGCUGAUGAAAGACGGGGACAAGAACAACGACGGCAAAAUUGACUAUGACGAGUUCUUGGAGUUCAUGAAAGGAGUGGAGUAAUCCUGAACCAGAGAAGAUUCAGAGUGUUAUUUUUGUAUUUGUCUGUGACUCCACGGUCAUCUGUGCAAAAACCGGAAGCUGAUUUUGGAUGCCUCAGAACGACUUUGCAAGAUUUAGUCAAAUACUGUAUCUGAAUGUCUCUGUAUUUUUCUACCACCUCUUGCAUUGUUGUAAAUACAGAUUGUAACUACUUUUGGUGCCCACGUACACUGAAUUUGUGUAAAUGUAUCCAAAUUACUUAUAUUUUAAAGAGAGGACUCAUCCCAUACUGGUUUGGCUGCUUGAAAUAUGAACUUUGUGUUUGCUUUCCGGCUAAAUCUUAUCUCUGAAGUGCCCCAGCCAGUUUACAAAUCUUCUUACUGAGAGGCUGAUAUUGUUUAGCUGUGCAGGAAAUGUAGGUGUGCACAAAGCAGAACAUAUCCAUGAGACAACACUGUUUUACACCAGACUCUGGUAGACUAAUCAUACUUUUUGAGCAAUGUACUGGAUCCAUUCUGCUAUGAGGUGCACAUUAUAUACAGUUCUGUAUGUUUAAGACCCCCCUCGACCCUGAAAUGUCUACAGUUUCUGCAUAUUUCUACAUGACAAGUCUGCUUGGAAUGUAAUAAACAAGGUGCAUUUGUCAAAGCA